AGUCCUCAUAUGCGUAGCUGAGCGGCCAUCUUUUGGUUGGUAAACCACUGGGAUCACUGCUCUCAGAGGUGAUCCACUAGGACCAGCAUACCGAGUCUUGUUGACGGCAUCGCACACUUUGGCUCUCAAGGACUCCCAUAUUAGGUGCUACAUUGCAAUGCCAGUCUCUUGUGCUGCAUCUGGAUGCAAGUCCAGGUAUACUUUGGAGGCCAGGAAGAAGGGUAUAACCUUUCACAGAUUUCCAAGGUCCAAUCCUACUUUAUUGGAUAAAUGGAGGGUAGCCAUUAAAAGAGCCACUAGCACAGGGGAGCUGUGGAUGCCCUCUCGCUACCAGAGGCUUUGUAGCUUGCACUUUAAGCAGAGCUGCUUCGACACCACUGGCCAAACAAAAAGGCUUCGUGAUGAUGUCAUACCCAGCAUCUUUAAUUUUACAGAUGACAUUAAGACAGAAAUUCCUGAAAAGGAUCCUAUGCCUGCCACCAUGAGUGAACCCACUGAGCCAGAGGUGACAACUAUGGCCAAAGCAGUUCAGACCUUACCAGCAAAUAAAGAAGCCAUUAAUAACUGCAUACAGCUACAGGAUCAUCUCUAUUUCACCCCUGAUGUUGAAACUUUGAAAAAAAAGUUGCAGGCUUCAGAGUAUUCAAGAGCACAGAAAGAAAAAGAAUUAAGGAAUGCAAAAGAGCGAGAAAAGCGCCUACGGCAGACUUGCCCAACUAUCUAUAGGGCUCUCCGCAAGAGAAAACUUCUUAGUCCACAACUUCAAGAAAAGCUUCAGCAGUAUGGAGAUAUUCCCUUGGAUCUAUUCAAAAAACCUGCAUCUGAGUACUCUGCACAGCAGCGUCUGUUUUCUCUGACUUUACAGCUUCACGAUCCAUCUUCCUACAGAUACAUAGGAAAUGGAUUUAAAGUGCCCUUACCAAGGCCACGGAAACUCCGCCAGUGGCUUAAGACAGAUUGCGAUAAACCAGGUUUCAAUUCCUUAGUUUUGGAGGCAUUGCUGAAAAAGAAAGAAGAGCAUCCUGAGGUCUAUUCCUUGGCAACUCUUGUAGUGGAUACAAUGUCCAUUCAACAACAUGUCACAUUUGAUUCGCAACAGAAUGAACUUGUUGGUUUUGUGAACUUGGGAAAAAGUUCAGCAGCUGGUGGGAGCCAAGAGGUAGCCGAUGAAACCCUAAUGUUCAUGCUGGAAGGAACUGUCGGUAACUGGGAAGCUCCUAUUGCUUAUUUCUUUGUAAAAUCUUUAACUGCUGAAGCCCAAAAGCAACUCCUUUUACAUGUUCUUCAUGAACUCUGGGAUAAUGACAUUGUGGUAGAUGUCAUCGCAAUGGAUAGAAACCUCCGUAACCAAGAAAUGUGCUCUCUCCUUGGCUGUGACUUCUCUGAUGCCAAGCAUCUCCAAACCCACUUUUAUUUGCCCAACAGUGACAGAAAACAUUAUAUCGUCUUCAGUGUCCACCAAGAGCUAAAGUUGGUCACAGAUAUGCUACAGGAGACUGGCAGCAUACAGAGUUCUGAUGGACUAGUACUAUGGAAGUACAUCGAUGAUGUAUUGAACUUAGAAAAACUGCAAAUUCGGCUUCCUGUAGAAAUGAUCACUCAACUGAUAAAGAUUAAAUUGACUCUGAACAAGCUUAGUUAUCCGGUUGCAAAUGCUCUCUCAAUGCUACAGGAAUUAAAAUCUGAAAAGUUUGCGGAGUCUACAGCAACAAUAAAAUUUAUUCAGGUUGUUCAUCAGCUGUUCAGUAUUUUAUGUAGCAGCAGUUCCAAAGGAAGGAGAGACAAUGGACCUAUUGAUUCUAUCAACCUUAAAGAAACAUUGCAUGUCCUGCAGACGACUGAGGAAUACCUUUUGAGUUUGACUAUGAUUGAUAAUUACCCUGUCUAUCAAAGCUCCAGAGGAUGGUAUAUACUUGGUUUCAUUGCAAAUAUCACGUCAUUUACAGCAUUGCUUCCAUAUUUACUGCAGUACAAGGAUUGUAUUUUGACACAUAGAUUCAGCACCGAACGCCUGAAAAUGUUUUUCAACAGUAUCAGAAAAUCAGGUCAGUCAGAUGAAAGUCCUACAGCCCUUGAAGUCAAGCUUGCAGUACAGCAGCGGUUGUGCCAGUGCGGCCUGUUGAACAUUAAUAAACAAAAUCAUCCAGUGACAAGUGAAAUCAGCUUUGUUCAUGUUGCUGGAGAUCCGGUUCCUUCCAUCUAUACUCCAGGUUUAGAAUCUCCAUUUGAAGAGAAUAGCGUCAUGCUACCAGACCAUUUCUACGGAUCACGCAUACUGGACACAAUACUUCACAAUGCACAGACGUAUAUUGCGGGCUGGGUGGUGCAGAAAGCAUUCAGUCAGCUUUCUUGUACUCAGUGCAGGUGUGCUCUAGUGACAUCACAUAUCCCACAGAAUUUAAAAAAAGCUUAUCAUUUGUUGAAGCUGAAGCAUGGGAGAGUUUAUUUUGUACCAUCAGAGGGAACUAACAAAAUUGUAGAAACAGCAGAAAAGGAACUUAAUAACUUGUUAAAUAACGAUCAGUGCGAUCCUAGAAAUUACUGUUUUCUGCUGCAGCAUCAUGUACUGUCUUCACUGGGCUCAAAUGAUAUCUUUAACCUUAAUAUGCACAUUAUAGAAACCGAGAUCGGAAUUGAUAAUCACUACUUUCAGCUUUUACGGAUGGUCACAACUCUUUACUAUGAAUUACGUCAACCUUAUAUAGCUAAAUUAAUGCAAAGAAAGUAUUAUAAAGCACAUGUGAAACAGAUACUAACUCAACCUGUCCAUGUGUUCACUGAAGAAUAUCAAUCCAAUACAUGAAAACAAGCUGUUCUGCCUUAUAAAGAUAACUAUGUACAAAGUGACAGAGUAUAUAACACUACAAACUCUUAUUUAUCUGGAUAUUUGUAUAUUUAUAUACUGAAACUCUUUUCUUCCCUACUUUUAGUAUUUAACACAAAAAAAAUGUACAAUCAAAUUUAUGGGAACAAGGAAAACAUUUAACCAACUUUGACCUUUUUGAUUGGAUUUAUCACCUGUUAUGUGCUUUAGAGAUCCAGUGCCAAUAAAAAAAACAAAAAACUUUUAUAUAGAGAAUUCAGUGCAAUACUGUAAUGUGACUACUACUUGGAAGUGAUAUGGAAAAUGUGACAGUAACUAUACUUUACAGAAAUAUGGAAACAAUUAGAAAUAAAGCAAUCAAGAACGAAA